AUGUUGAAGAUUAUUAUUAGCAAAACCACAUUAUGCCUGCUCCUGUUGCUCAUUUGCGUUGUGUUUGGUGAUGAUACAGAUGAAGUGAAGUCAUUAUCAGAGACUGAGGGAGAUUCUGUCACUUUAAACACUGAUGUUACUGAAGUACAGAGAAAUGAUCAGAUACUGUGGAUGUUUGGACCUCAAGAGACUCGUAUCGCUGAAAUACAUAAGCAGAGCAUUGAGAUAUUUGACAGUAAUGAGACAUUUGGAGACAGACUGAAGAUGGACAGACAAACUGGAUCUCUGACCAUCACAAACAUCAGAAAUGAACAUUCUGGACUUUAUAAACUAAACAUCAUCAGCAGUAGAGGAACUUCAUACAAAAGAUUCAGCAUUACUGUUUAUGCUCCUCUUCCUGUUCCUGUCAUUAGCAGCAACUUUUCAAACUCUUCAUCCUCAGACUCCAGUUGUUCAGUGUUGUGUUCACUGGCUAAUGUGAGUGCUGUGAGUCUCUCCUGGUACAAAGGAAACAGUGUAUUGUCCAGCAUCAGUGUGUCUAAUCUCAGCAUCAGCCUCUCUCUACCUCUGGAGGUGGAAUAUCAGGAUAAAAACACCUACAGCUGUGUGGUCAACAACACCCUCACAAACCACACCACACACUUGGACAUCAGUCAAACAUGCCACACAGAAACUCCACCUGCAAUUUUCCUCCCUGCAUUAAUUUCUGCUUUAGCUCUGGCUGGACUUGCUGCUGCGAUGUAUUUCCUAUAUAUAAAGCAGAAAGGGAAAAAAGUUGAUGGUGGCAAACCAAGUACACAAAGACUGACAACAGCCCAAUCUGAGGACAUCGAGGAUGUUGACAUAGAUUAUGCUGAAGCAACAUUUUGCUCAAAAAUUAAAUCUGAAAAGAAUGCAAAUGGGACUGAGGAAAUUAUAUACUCCAGUGUCGCCUUAUGA